AUGUACUUUCAGAUGAGGACUUCUUGGUAUGUCUUGUGCUUUUCUUUGCUUUUCUGCUCACUGCUUGGAGACUGUAUUGGAGUUGCGUUUGUGCCCAAGGACAAACGCGGGUGGACCCUGAACAGUGCUGGAUAUCUUCUGGGACCCCCACUUCUUCCCUCCCAAUCUCCUCUCCCCAAAGCAGAUGCCCACCAGACGCUGCCUGAUAAAGGAGCUGUGGCUGGAAAAAGAGAUGCUGAGGAGGAUCUGUAUUCUGUGGGGCAGGAUCUUAUUGCACCUGUUCUGCAACCUUCUGAUUUCGGCAUACUCCAAACGCUGAUGGAUUUUUUCUCCUCCCUGAAUUUCCAAGAUCAAAGAGUGAUUGGACGCCUGUCCCUCCCAGUGUCAGAAGAAUCGAUGCAACAGUAA